CGUGGUGCCAAGAUGGCGGCGCGCUGCUUUCUGACAGGGAGAAGAGGGGCAGGGAUGGAGUGAGGGCCGCGGCGCUCGGCUUUGGGGCGGGGGUGGGGAAUAACGGUCGGGGCCCCCGGUCUGGCUCUGGGCGUCCCUUCGCUCGAGGCCGCGGCGGCGGCGGGGGCUCUCGCUUUCCGGGUGAAAAAGGCUAUGAGGUGACGGGAAGAUGGCGAGCGACGCGGGUAGGAAGCAGUUCUGGAAGCGGAACGCGUCCCGGGUGCCGGGCAGUAUUCAACAUGUAUACGGAGCUCAGCAUCCUCCUUUUGAUCCACUGUUGCACGGAACCUUAAAACCUGGAGCCAAGCCACCAACAACUCCAGUGAAACUGAAGAAAAUCAGCACGUUUCAAGAAUUCGAAAGCAACACGAGCGACGCUUGGGAUGUCGGGGAUGACGACGACGAACUCCUAGCGAUGGCUGCAGAAAGCCUUAACACAGAUGUAGUCAUGGAAACAGCUAACAGAGUAAUUCAGAAUCACAGCAAAUUACAAGAACAGCACAAAUUGCAGGAGGAACAGGUGGAAAAGGAGCAACCACAGCAGCUUUCAGAACUGCCCUCAGCUGCGUGUGGUGACAGCAGACUGGUUAAAUCUGUCAGUGAAAGCAACACAUCAAGUUCUGCAGAUGGUGCUGAUGAAGUUAUUUCUGUGCCAAGAUCUCAGUCCCUUCCACAAGCCUCCACUGUUACUCUGGUGGGUGGAGUGACAGACCACAGUAGCUCAGGUAUCCCUAUGCUAUCGGAAAGAGAGGCAUCACGUUUAGAUAAAUUCAAGCAACUACUGGCUGGCCCCAACACAAACCUUGAAGAAUUACGGAAGUUGAGCUGGUCAGGAAUCCCGAAAGCAGUUCGGCCAAUUACAUGGAAGCUCCUUUCAGGUUACCUCCCUGCAAAUAUAGAACGGAGAGAAGGCACUUUACAAAGGAAACGGAAAGAGUAUUUUGCUUUUGUGGAACAAUAUUAUGAUUCAAGAAAUGAAGAAACUCACCAGGAGACAUACAGACAGAUUCAUAUAGAUAUUCCUCGUAUGAGUCCGGAAGCUUUAAUUCUUCAACCCAAAGCAACAGAGAUCUUUGAAAGAAUUUUGUUUAUCUGGGCAAUACGUCAUCCAGCCAGUGGAUAUGUUCAGGGCAUAAAUGAUCUGGUUACUCCAUUUUUUGUUGUCUUCACAUGUGAAUAUACUGAAGAAGAAGUGGAAAAUUUUGAUGUUUCCAGUCUGCCUGCCGAAGUGCUGCAGAACAUUGAAGCUGACAGUUUCUGGUGCAUGAGUAAACUGCUUGAUGGCAUUCAGGAUAACUACACCUUUGCUCAGCCUGGUAUUCAGAAGAAAGUGAAAAUGCUGGAAGAACUGGUUAGCCGAAUUGAUGAGCAAGUGCACAGACACUUAGAGCAACACGAGGUGAAAUACCUUCAGUUUGCUUUCCGCUGGAUGAAUAACUUGUUGAUGAGAGAAGUUCCCCUGCGGUGCACCAUAAGGCUUUGGGACACAUACCAGUCUGAACCAGAGGGAUUUUCUCACUUCCAUUUAUAUGUGUGUGCUGCCUUCCUUGUCAGAUGGAAGAAGGAGAUCUUAGAGGAAAGAGACUUUCAAGUAAGUGAAGUAGCCUUUGUUUUCAGGAAAAGAAAUAAGCAGACGUCUUCCUUGAAACUGUUUCAGAUGAAACUAUUUUAUUUAUUGAAUUUAUAGAUUGCUUUUCACCGC